AUAUAUGAUUACGAAGUGCGUCAAAUGUUUAGACCAUUGAAUCUUUAUUCAAAGAUCUCAUAAAGCGUUUGAAUAAAUGUCUUUUAUUGCAUAUAUCUGACAUGAUGUCUACAUUAGCUUUGAAUUGCAAUUUUUUUUAUUACCGAAAUUUACUCCAUGAGCGAGUAUUACGGAACAUUUCCUGAAUUAUUUAAAGAAAUUGCUCGUCAUUAUACGAUUUGACCUUUGCUCGAGAGUUUUUUCUCCCCUCAAUUUAUUUCUUUAAAGACCGGAAAUUGAACUGUAUACAAUUUAAUUUCAUUCGCUUCGAAUAUCUAAUGUGUAAUACAAUUGCUCUGUCGUGUAUCUAAUGAUUUUCGUCGUUGGUAGGAAGCGUAGUAGACACUUAUUUCUUGUUGAUGGAACUGCAUUGUGAAGUAGCAAAGUUGCAAAAAAAAACGAUGUUUACGGAUAAUGAGUUGUGUCUCGACUUAUGGUCAUAGUACGCAACAUAUAAUUGCAAUUGAUCCAUGUUCGCCCGAUGCGACGCAGCGACGUGGGGACACGUUGUGUGGGGAUGAACUCGGAGAAACUGACGCUGUUCUCUCAUUUCCUUCUCAACCAGAGUACCAAACAAAUGUACCAAUACUAAUUAUUACUUUUAAUAAAUUUUCAAAAUUCUUGACAAAUGACAAUUACAAGUAGUGUCAGCCCAGCGCUGAAAAUUGGUCUUCGAUUUUUCGGCCUCUGGCCAGGUGUGUCGUAUUCUACCAUUUACUGGGCGAGUUUUAUGUUAAGCAUGCUGAUUGUACAGUAUUUCCAAUAUUUGUACGUGUUUCAUCACUUGAAGAUGAGUGAGUUGUCAAAUCUUGUUGAUAGUUUGGUUGUGACCCUAGAUUACAGUUUGUCAUUUAUUAAAUUGGCUAGUCUGUGGCUACAUCGUCGAGUUUUUCAUAAAGUUUUAAAGGAUAUGGAUAAUGAUUGGCGCGAGUGCAUCAAUGUUGAUCAACAUUUGUACAUGAUGACAAUCAAAGCUAAUAUAUCGCAUUUCUUUUCAAACGUUUUAUUGAGUUUUAAUGUGAUAGUUGCAACACUUUACCUCCUAGGCGACUAUGUAAUUCGUUUCAUAUUUUUAACUGCGAAUGACAAUGAUACUGUGCGACAGCUUCCUGUAAAAAUACAAUUUCCAUUUGAUAUGCAACAAUCUCCGAUAUUUGAACUUACUUUUGUAACGGUAUUCAUACAUACAAUGUUACAACUAUGGACGAUCGCUAUUAUAAAUGGAUUGAUCUUUACUUUGGUGAUCCAUGUAAGUGGACAAAUUGAUAUAAUAUGUGACGAAUUCAAAAAUAUUUCUAAAAGUAUUACGUUUUAUGGAUCUUACACAUCAUUUGGAAUGCUGGUCGAGAGGCAUAAUAAAAUUAUUUCAUUUUCCGACAACAUCGAACAGUUAUUCUCCUUUAUCGUAUUAAUGCAAGUUGUUUGGAAUACUUUAGUUAUUUGCUGCCUGGGAUUUAUCUUCAUAAUUUCUAUCCAUAAUGGAACUGGUGUUUUUAUGUUAGUGAAAACCAUUCUUGCUUAUCUUGCCAUAACGACGGAAGUUUUUCUCAUUUGCUUUGUUGGAGAAUAUCUCAGUCACAAGGGCACAUCAAUUACUAAUGCAACAUAUGAAACGCUGUGGUACGAUAUGCCACCAAAUCAGUGUAAAAUUAUAAUGUUCAUAAUGAUGAGAUCACAAAAGCAACUAGCAAUCUCGGCAGGAAAAAUGUUGGAUAUGUCAUUCGAAACUUUUACUAGUAUUAUGAAGGCAUCAGCGUCGUAUGUAUCUGUUUUAAUUGCUAUGUAUUGACGUCAACCAAAACGUGUAAUAUUCCUUUGUUGAAUUUUAUAACGUAGUGAACAUAUCAUAAGUUGAAACUUUGAUAUAUAUAUAAGUUGAAACAUUUAAAAAAUAUUUAAUAAAAAAAUAAAAAUUAAACUGUUAUUGUAAA